GAGAAUUGAACUUACCGAAGAAACUGGCCAUGUUAGGGUAGCCCAAUAAGCAUUUACUUUUUUGUUACAGUGUUCAGUUCUGUUUAACAUUUUGAACAAAAGUGACUGGUAGCGAAGUUAAACAUGGGGAAGAAGCAACACCAAAAGGAUAAGCUAUACCUGACAACGAAUGAAUGGAGGCAUGAGUGGGGAGGAUAUAAAGGCACUCAGAAUGCUGGUGAAAACUCUCGCUUUCGACGAUUGCCUUUUAGUUGCUGCAGUUUAUCUUUUCAACCUUUUGAAAAUCCCUUGUGCACAAAGGAAGGUGUAAUCUUUGAUCUGAUGAACAUUGUACCAUUCUUGAAGAAGUACGGGUUGAAUCCGGCAACUGGAGAGAAACUUAGUGCAAAAGAUCUGAUUAAACUGCAUUUCCACAAAAACUCCGAAGGAAAAUAUCACUGCCCUGUGACAUAUAAGGUUUUCAAUGAGAACACACACAUUGUAGCUGUAAAACAGACGGGCAAUGUCUACUGUUAUGAGGCAGUAGAACAGCUGAAUCUUAAGACUGGAAGUUUUCGGGACUUGUUAACAGAUGAGCCAUUCACUCGCAAAGACAUCAUUACUAUACAGGAUCCAUUGAAUCUUGAGAAAUUUAAUAUUCAGAGCUUCUACCACAUAAGGAAGAAUCUUAAGCUUUUGGAUGAAGAGGAAGAACAAGCGAAAAAAGAUCCUCGUUACAGGCUACGAUUAAUUAACAAUGAGGCCAAAUCAGCUUUAGAAGAGCUGGAAAGAGAAUACAAGCCAUCUCCUUACCUGGGUAUUAAAGAGGAGAAAGCACCAAAAGCUGACAAAUUUAAUGCGGCAUCUUACUCUACUGGCAGGGUAGCAGCCUCAUUCACCUCCACAACAAUAGCUCCAGAAACUCAGCAUGAAGCAGCUCUUAUUGAUGAGGAUGUUUUGCGUUAUGAGAGAGUUAAGAAGAAAGGAUAUGUGCGGUUGGUGACUAACCUUGGCCCUCUGAAUGUGGAGCUGCACUGUGAUAUGGUUCCUCGAACAUGUGAAAACUUUAUUAAACUAUGUAAUAGUGGAUACUACGAUGGAACCAUUUUUCACAGGUCUAUUCGAAACUUCAUUAUACAAGGUGGUGAUCCCACAGGGACAGGAAAAGGUGGAGAAUCAGCAUGGGGAGAGCCAUUCAAGGAUGAGCUAAAACCCAAUCUCACACAUGCUGGUCGUGGUGUUCUCAGCAUGGCAAACAGUGGACCAAACACUAACAAAUCUCAGUUCUUUUUCACCUUCCGCUCUGCAAAACAUCUAGAUGGCAAACAUGCAGUGUUUGGCAGGCUUGUGGGAGGGAUGGAAACGCUGGACAAGAUGGAGCACGUGGAAGUUGACAAAAAUGACAGGCCUAAGGAGGAAAUUCAGAUUCAAAAUUGCACAGUGUUUGUGAAUCCAUAUGCAGAGGCUGAUGAACUGCUGGCCAAAGAGAGAGCAGAAGAAAAAGAGAAAGCAAAAGCUGAAGAAGAGGCAGCAAGCUCAAAGAAGAAAAAAGAAAAGAAUGAAUCAUUGCCUCGAGUGUUCAAAGAAGGCAUUGGCAAAUACAUCAGCUCAGCAGCACAAAAGCGAGCAGCAGAAGAUGCACCAGACCAAGAAGAAGUCAAAAAGAAAAAUGUCAUUGCUGCUGGCUCUCUCUCAUAUAAAGACUUUAGUUCAUGGUGAAAGCUGGUGGUUAGACACUUACAUUUGUGACCAUUCUUUACACAUCUGUACAAUAGAAAUGCACAGUGAAUUCCUUGUGUCCUUUAUGCUACAUGGUUAACAGAUACCUCUGUGGAUUAGUAGACUGUAUACCUCAGUAGACUGUCAAUGGUUGAGACAUUAAUCAUGCCAUCUAUGUUUUGUGUGAUUGUUGCAAGCUUGGCAGACUGUGUGCAUAGUUGACUCUUGCAAGUAUGGCAUCUGUUCUUGUACCUUUGAAGAUUUAUGCAUUGUAAUGUGGCUCUUUGCUUAUCUGGUAAACAUGGUUGACAUUCUAAAUAUGCUAAUAAAUGUGCUUAAUGGAACAACUAUUGAAGUGCCUGAUGCCUGAUGCAGUAAUAGCAUAGGGUAUGAAUAUUUAUGAGGGUUUUUUUUUUUUUUAAAGACAUCUUGGAGCAAAAUAUCUCAAGAACACCUCAACAUGCAGAAUUUCUUUCCUGCAUGCUAUCAAGUCAGCUUUGAAAAUAAUUUUUUUUAAAGAGGAGCAGAAUUAAAAGCACAGUAAAUUAUUGUGUGCCACUAUUAUAAGCAGUAAUAAAGGAUAUAAUGCAAGUAAUUUAAAUUAAUAAAUACUUCUAUAGAAGAGAAAUGAAGCAGGGGGGUUGGGGUCCUCUUUUAUGUUAAUAUAUAGUGCAGAAAGUAUUUUGAUUAAUUAAGAAAUGUAGUCUGCCAAAAAACAAAUCAUGAAUCCUGUUGAGGUAAACAAAAACCCUAAACAGGAAAAAAGUGGAUCACAUUGCAUU